GGGGAACCAUCAUGUAGCUGAAGAGGAGACGACGAAGACAAGAGGUAGUGAUAGAGUUUGCAUCUUCCAUGUUGUGGUCAAUCAGAAUGUUAUAAAUGUACUGACAUUGAGACAAGAAAACGCCUCCAAAAACGGGAAUGACCUAAGAUCUUUAAGAGAGAAUCGACAAAAUAGCUUGUGAACAAAACCAUCAAGGGCAGCUGUAGAAUUUCCUGUGAUAACAAUAUCAUCCACAUAUACCAGAAAAUAAAGGCUAACCGCACCCUUGGCAUAAAUGAAGAGCGAAGCAUCCACCCUUGAGUUGCAAAAGCCAAAACCAAUCAACAUAGCCAAGAAGAUUCAAGCCAAUAAGGGUGGUUUGAACCUAACGAAGCCAAACAAGGAAGUUUGUCUUGGUCAAUCUUAUGGGAAAAUGCUUGGAUGCGGAUAUGCGAACAAGGUCCGACGAAGGGGACAAACUAGAGCCCACGGAGACAGAAACAUCGAGAGACAUCAUUAGUGGCCGGGGAAUAAAUAUGUUUAAACAUAAAGCCCUAGUACCAUGUAAACUAUACAUGGAAUUGGUUAUAUCUAUUAUCACACAAGAGAAGCUUUAUACAAGUACAUGGCCAACCGAUGCUACAAAGAAGGGAAGCAGAUCUGUAACACAAAGAGAUGCACUAGACAGAUCCUAAAUACUCCCAUCCGUCCCUGAGUAUUUGUCCAGUAUUCCUUUUUUAGUUGUCCCUCAAUAUUUGUCCACUUUCUAUAUAUAGAAAGAAAAGUUAAAUGAAACCCCCAUAAUACCCUCUCAACCACUCAUCUUUCCCUUCCUCUCGGCAAUUCCAUUUCACAAUCUUUUUAGUUUUUACUCUAAUUCACCAUCAAAUUAUCAUCUCCUCUCUCAUCUCUGAUUCUCCUUCACUCACCACUAUCAUUUCCUCUCUCAUCUCCGAUUCUCCAUCCUUAAAUAUCUUUCUCUCUCUCUCAUCUUCUAAUUCAAUACUUGCUAAUAGGUGGUUGUCUUCUUCGAUGGUUACCUCGAGCUGGACGUUUCUCUGAUGCCCAAUGGACGGCGAUUAGAUGUCUUCAACGAAGAGAUGUCUUUGAACACUAGAUCUCUUCUUAAGAUCUACAUCUUUAACUACUAAAUUUCUUAAAAUUUA